CCGCUCGGCCCGGAAGUACCUUCGUCGUUUUUUGCGGAAUCCUCCGAGCAGCUCAACCAUCCAAGUUCAGCACAACACCGUUAGUAUAAUGUCUAAAAUACUCUUCUUAUUAACUUAAAUCAUAUUUUUAACGCUCUGCGCGUCUUCCGGACCGGUUCGGCUGAACAUGCUGGAUCCGGAUGAAGUCUCCCGGUUGUGCUACGAGCGUUUCCAGCAGCUUCCCCGCAGAGGGAAGCCUGAGCCGGGCAGAGAGUGGACCCUGCUGGCGGCGGUGCUCCAAGUCACCCGGAAAGAAAACCCAGACUCAGUUGAGAAGGAGGUCGUUUCCAUGGGAACCGGCACCAAAUGUAUUGGACAGACAGCGAUGAGUCCCAACGGUGACGUACUUAAUGACAGUCAUGCAGAAGUUAUAGCCAGAAGAGGCUGCAUCAGAUAUCUGAUCCAGCAGCUUCAUGAAGCCGUCAGCGGUCGCAGCAGUUCAGUGUUUUGUCCGUCAGACCAGAGAGGAAAGUGGAAGCUUCGACCUGGAGUUUCCUUCGUCUUCUUCACCAGUCACACUCCCUGUGGAGACGCCUCCAUCAUCCCCAUGAAAGACGAGCAAUCUCAGCCCUGCCCUCCUGUCACACCUGUACAGGUAAGCCAUGAAGGAGGAGGAGGCCGGAAAAGAAAAGCCGACGAACCGAGUGAAGAUCAGAACCCAAAGAUGUCCCGACUGGAUUUAAAAGAGACGGAACAAGUGGACAGAAGAGACACAGAAGCGUCUGAAUCCUGGGCUGAUUCUACAGAAACAUCAGUGGAAACGAGCGACGUUGUUCCUCAGGUUCCAGACGUCCACAGAACCGGGGCCAAGUGUGUCCCUGGUGUCCCGGCGGACCCCCUCCAGCCCGGGCCGGGCUACCACAGCACCGGGGUUCUGAGGGUGAAGCCGGGCCGAGGAGAACCCACCCUGUCCCUGUCCUGCAGCGAUAAACUGGCCCGCUGGGGGGUUCUGGGCUUCCAGGGAGCUCUGCUGUCCCACUACCUCCAGGAGGCGCUCUACUUCACAGCCGUGGUGGUGGGACGGUGUCCUUACAGCCCAGAGGUGAUGCUCAGAGCUCUGGUCACAAGGUGUUCCCAGGUAUCAGACCUUCCAGCCGGUUUCUCCGUUCGUCCUCCGGUUCUGCUGCAGUCCAGCCUGGAGUUUCCCUUCAGCCAGGCCCAGACGGAGCUCCACCGCCGGGACGGACAGGGACGGAUCUCCCCCUGUGGGGCAGCCAUCAGCUGGUGUAACGUCCCAGACCAGCCACUAGAUGUCACCGCUAACGGCUACAAACACGGAGUCACCAGGAAGGUCCUGGGAACUCCCAAAGCCAGGUCUCUUCUGUGUAAACUGGAGCUCUUCCGUUCCUUCCUGUCUCUGGUUUCGGCCACCGAUCCGUCAGCGCUGCCCGACUCUCUCAGGCCGUCGGACCUCCAGACCUACUGGGAUUACAAGCAGGCGUCCUCCUGGUACCAGCAGACCCAGCAGCAGCUCCUCCUCCAGGCUUUUCCUCUGUGGCCUCGUAGUGACAGAAACCUCCUCCUGUUCCGCUGACGCUCCUCAUCCUCCGUCCUUCAUCCAUAAAACACAGACUUAGUAGCAACAGGAAGUGAGAGGUGGAGGGUCAAACCAACUGCCCACCUCAAAGUGUCGUUUUGUCUCAUUUUUGUCAUUUGUGUGACUUCGUCAAUUUGUGUCUUGUUUUUGUCCUUUUGGCAAUAGAUUUUUGUUCAGUUUGUUUCAUUUUUUUUGUUUUGUCUCAUUUUUAUCGUUUUUGUCAAUUUUUGUUGUUUUGUGCCUUGUUUUUGUUGCUUUGUGUCUCAUUUUUGUUGUUUUGUGUCUUGUUUUUGUAAUUUUGUGUCUCAUUUUUGUAAUUUUGUGCCUCGUUUUUGUCGUUUUGUGUCUCGUUUUUGUCGUUUUGUGUCUCGUUUUUGUCGUUUUGUGUCUCGUUUUUGUUGUUGUGGUACAUUUCAAACUCUCGAUGACAGGAAUGUCAGACUUUUUAAUAAAACGAUAAAACACUU